AUGGGUCUCAACUACUAUGCCUCGUCACCCACCGUCGUCCUGCAGCCCCAACAGCCGCAGGGUUACUUCUCACCUCACCAGCGCGCCCAUUCGCCGUCAACCAUGGGUAAAUUCCGUCCGAAGCAUCCUACUCCACCGUCGCUCAACUAUCUAGCUGCUGUCUCCAAUGCCACAGCUGGGCGCAAACGAUCCAUUGCCGACGUUGACGAUCCCGAAGAGAACCAACCAACUGGAUCUGUCGCCAUUCCUGCCCCCAUCAAGUCUCGGGGCGAGCCCGUCUACGGCCCGGGGAUGACGCUCAUCUACCCUGACGAACCUGGCUAUAGCAUCGCGGCCGAGUCGCAAUCCGGCACGUGGUACGAAGAGAAGAAGGAAGCUGAAGAGAAGGCUGCAGCUCGUCCAAUCGCAAUCUCGCGCAAGUCGCAACGCGUCAGUCCGUCUCGCGACGUCGUUGUCCCAUCUCUCAACGAUAUGGAGUCUCAGAUCAGCGAGGCCAUCAUCGACGACAACGGCAAUACGAUCAACACACUCAUCACCUCGCUGGGUGUAGGCUGGAAGAACAUCAUGACCAACCCCAACCUGCGCGACCAGGCACGCGCGUACGCACGCUUCAUCGAGCGCCACUUCGACUUCACCGACGUGAUUGUCAUGCUCGAGAAGGAGUCGCUCAACGCAUAUCUUGUGCGCGCGAAGCAACACGGUGUGCAGGGCUACUGGCUAUUCGCAGACACACUCAAGUGGUGCCAGCUUGUCGGCUGGUCCCUUGAGCGCGCCGUUCCGAACCUCAUGUCCGGACCUGUACCUCACUGCGAGGGCGACCGCAUCAACGCCCGCGACUCUUCCCCGUCUGAGCCCGUAAUACCAACCCUUCAGGCUGUCAUCGCACCCGCCGCUGUUGCCGGCGACGUGAUGGAGAUGUGA